ACCCCCCCCCACCACCACUAGUUAGGGUUUAUUUGAAUUUCGAGUGCCAUUGGUGAUCUAGUGAGAAUGGUCUUCCUCAGUUUCGCCCCAAAUCCCAACCCUUCCCAUUCCUUCCCCUGACGAAAUGGCCACCAUCCUCAGACGCUUCUUCACCAUCCGUUCCGUCUCCGCCUAUUCCCUCACCCCAUUCACGCGUACACAGCCCUCUCUCCCCCUCACGCGCCCCCUCCUCCUCCACGCGCGCCCUUCCUCAUCCUCCACCUCACCCUCCAGAACCCCAUCGGAGAAACAAUUCGAGACAUGGGUCCAGGCCCUCAAGCCGGGCUUCACCCCCUCCGACGUGGCCCAGGCCCUCCAGGCCCAGUCCGACCCAGACCUCGCCCUCGACAUCUUCCGCUGGACCGCGCAGCAGCGCAACUACAAGCACACCCACCACACCUACCUCAUAGUCAUCAAACACCUCAUCGCCGGCCGCCGCUACCACCACGCCGAAACCCUAAUCGAGGAAGUCAUCGCCGGCGCUAUCGAUGAUGCCUCCAUCCCACUCUACAACUCCAUCAUCCGCUUUUGCUGCGGCCGCAAAUUCCUUUUCAACCGCGCCUUCGACGUCUACAAGAAAAUGCUCAAUUCCAACGACUGUAAACCUAACCUGGAAACCUAUUCGCUUUUGUUCAAUUCGCUUCUCAGAAGGUUCAAUAAGUUGAAUGUGUGUUAUGUGUAUCUGCACGCGGUUAGGUCUUUGACUAAACAAAUGAAGGCUUCCGGUGUUAUUCCUGAUACUUUCGUGGUGAACAUGAUAAUCAAGGCUUAUGCCAAGUGCUUGGAGGUUGAUGAGGCGAUUCGGGUUUUUCGUGAAAUGGGGUUGUAUGGCUGUGAGCCUAAUGCUUAUAGUUUUGGCUACAUUGCCAAGGGGUUGUGUGAGAAAGGGAGGGUGGAUCAGGGGUUGGGGUUUUAUAGGGAGAUGAGAGAAAAGGGUUUUGUGCCUAGUACUAGUACUUUUGUGAUCAUUGUUUGUAGUCUCGCAAUGGAGCGAAGGUUGGAGGAUGCGAUCGAGCUUUUGUUUGAUAUGUUGGGGCAGUCUAGGUCCCCUGAUCAUCUCACUUACAAGACUGUCUUGGAAGGGCUGUGUCGCGAGGGAAGGGUCGAUGAAGCGUUUGAGCUGCUUGAUGAAUGCAAGAAGAGGGAUGUUUCCAUGGGUGAGAAGACGUACAAGAGUUUGUUGAAUGACUUGUAUGUUAUAUGCCGCGAGUAGAUGCUGUUGUGCUAAACUGCUAAUGCAUUUGCUUGAAGAUGCACCAGACGUUUCUUUUGUUUGAGUGGAACUCUGUUAUUCUCCUGCUUUGCAGAGCCUGAUAUUAGAUGGCAGAUUCUUUUGAAUGAGUGCUAAAUGCAGAUAAGUAAGCAUCUUGCAUGGAGAAUUGCUCUCGAACUUCUUUUGGAUAGAUAAAUAUGGGGGAUUCUGAGUUCUAUUAAACAUAUGAUAUACUAUAUAAGACAGAUGAUUCUUUUGAAUGAUGCUAAAUGCAGAUAAAUAGAGGCAUCUUGCUAGGAGAAUUGUUCUGAAAUUCUUUUGGACUAAUUUAACUUGCGAUGUGAAUGGAGGGGGCACCAGAUUAGGUGUUAACUCUCUAAUACUGAUAUUGAUCAUAUGGUGGCAAAAGGUCUCCUUUUCUGCUGAAAUGCAGCAUCUUUCUACCAAAAAUAAGAACAUGUUGUAUGGAGCAGACCACAACUUUGUAGGGCCAGAUGAUACUUCAGCUGGAGCAAAUGCUGGUGUGCAAUUUCCACCUAAUGUUAUCGUGAUGCAACAUUGCAGAAGUUGUCUGUGCAAACAACCAAAGCUACCUAAUAUUCAGCUGAUUGUUCUUCUUUUUGGCUUCUUGCCCCUAGUCCAUUUGUUUGCUCCAUGAAUUCAUUUGAAAUAAAGGUUAGCCGAAAGUUUUGCAGUCGCUAGCAUUUGUCUUUUUGUUUGUAUUACAUCAAUUUUUCUUUUAUCUCUAAUCUCCUCCAUGGUUUGGAAUAUCCCAACUUGUCUUGCUGGCAUAAGAGGGAGAGUUACAUUGUGUAAGAUCUUGUAUAUUCUGGAUAAAACAUAAUUACUCAAUGUGUACACGAUGGUGAUCAUAUUUACUAAUGCAGUUGUGUUUCUCUUUACAAUAUGUUUA